AUCAAAGUGUAAAAACAAUGCUGUCAUCAUCCUAUGCAACACUAAUAUUAUAGCGUGGAGCUCUACAUUUCCACACUUAUCAUUCCACCCCGUUAAAUUCCACCCAAACCACAAUGCCGUUUUCAACCUUCAACAAUUUCAUGGACAAAACAAAACAAAACAAAACCCUAGUCUCCGACCACGAAUCGGAUGUAAUUAAAUCCGCUGCAUGGGCAUGGUACCAACACGGCUAUGAUCAUCCCAACGGGAGGUCGUCGGUGCGUGAAUACGACGUUUUGAGGCAUAAAUUCGAGCCUAAACCCUCACGGUACAAGCUCGAAGCCUCAAGAAACGUGCAAGAAUCAAUCUUAGAAUCCCGUAGGACGAUAUCAAGUCCGAGGUGUACUAUUCGUCGUGCUAGCAAUUCUCUUCUUGAUAAUUAUGAGAUUGAGAGGAUAUCGAAGCAGCUUGAUUAUUACAUAGAGUCUAGUCAUGCUAUGUAUUCCGGUGGAAGUCCCGGCGGCAUGGCGGAGGAGAUGGCGGCGGAGGUAAAGAGUAAGGGUGUUCAAAAGAAGAAGGUGGGAAAAGGGUUUUGGUUGAGAUCACAUGCUCCGCUGUGUGGCUCAUCAAGAGACGACGUGGUGGAAGGUAAAAGUGUUGAGUAUUUACGGCGGUCACGGCCGGGAAAAGCUGGCGUAGCGGUGGUGGAAGUUGUCGGUUGCCGGCCGCUGCCGUGGCGCAUCCGUGUCUAAUCAAAGUGUCGAGGUUGGUGGAUUUAAUGGUAUCAUGUAAUUUUUAUUAUUCCUACGUUUUUUUCCUUUGUAAUUAUUAUUCUCUCCACACAUACGUAUUUUGGAUUUUGGAAAUUGUAAUUAAAAUUCAUUUUUGGUUA